CUGGAGGAAGACACAGUUCGUCAUCCAAGCAGUAAUCCAAUCACAACAAAGCUAAAAUGUUCGCAAAAAUCAUCUUCUUCUGUGCCCUGGCCAUCGCAUGCAUCUGCGCCAAGCCUCAGUUUCCGGUUGCCUACUCGGCACCGCUUGUGGCCGGCAGCCCAUCGUUUGCCUAUGCUGCUUCCCCAUAUGCUGCUUACAGUGCACCCGUAGCUGCCGCCUACACAGCUGCCUCCCCGCUGACCGCCGCCUACACUGCUGCGUAUCCAGCUGCCUAUCCAGCUGCCUACAAUGGUCUACCGUAUGCUGCCUACAGCUCGAUUGUUCUGUAAAUUCUGCCACGGAUACGGAGAAUCUGAUCCGGGAUUUCACCAGGGAAUGAUUUGAACGAAUUGAUUGGAUACACGCUUUGGGACCACUAGAUAUAAUAAAGGCACCGUUUAACUAACAUAA